AUGAAGACCAUGCUGCUCCCUGUCCUGGCUCUCUGGGUGGGGUGCUGCCCGGGAGGGGCCCUGGCUAAGAAGAGGCUGAACCUGAGAGAGCCCAUGGCCCCACCAACCCCCACGGGCUUGCCCUCCCUGCAGCUGCUGCUGCCCGUCAUGCCUGGGCAUCCCGAUGGGACCCCCCACCACCGUGGCCCAAGGGGCUGGCGACAGAAGAAGGACUGCAAUCAAGGCUGCGGUGGCAGCAGCAUCCCAGACACUGCAGGCCGUGGGCGGAGAAGGCCCGGAAGCAGGCGAAGGCAAGGGCAUGGGCCUGCGGACCCAGGCACCAUGGAGCAGCCCAUGCCCUCCCUGCCAGCCUCAUGCAUCCUGGCCCAGUCGGCCAUCGCCUGUGGCAAUGCCAAGAUGAAACACAUCCCUGCCCUGACUGACCCUGGCCUGACCACGCUCUACCUGGCAGAGAAUGAAAUUGCCAAGAUCCCAGCCCACGCGUUCCUGGGGCUACCCAACCUGGAGUGGCUGGACCUGAGCAAGAACAAGCUGGAUGCCCGAAGCCUGCACCCCGGUGCCUUCAAGAAUCUGACGCGGCUAAAGCGGCUGAACCUGGAUGGAAACCGGCUGUCCACUGUGCCAGCCUUGCCCGCCUCCCUGCAGGAGCUCAAGCUGAAUGACAACCACCUGCAGGGGCUGCAGCACAGCAGCUUCCAGGGGCUCAGCCAGCUGCUGACGCUGGAGGUGGAAGGAAACCAGCUGCAUGAUGGGAACAUCUCCCCCCUGGCUUUCCGGUCCCUGAGCAGCUUGCUGUACCUGAGGCUGGACCGGAACCGGCUGCGGACCAUCCCGCCAGGCCUACCAGCCUCCCUGCAGGAGCUGCACCUGGAUGCCAACGUCAUCGAGGAGGUGACAGAGCGCACGCUGAACCGCAGCUGCAGCCUCAGCGUGCUGGUGCUGAGUAACAACCGGCUCCAGGAGGACCGACUGGCGCCCCGAGCUUGGAUUGACCUCCCGAAGCUGGAGACCCUUGACCUGUCCCACAACCGACUUGUGCACGUCCCCUCCUUCCUGCCACGAGGCCUCCGGCGCCUGCUGCUGCACCACAACCACAUUGAGCGCAUUCCCGGCUACGUGUUCGCACACAUGAAACCGGGCCUGGAGUUCCUGCACCUGUCCUACAACAGCCUGCGCGCCGACGGCAUCCAUGAUGUGUCCUUCUGGGGCCUGCGCACCUCCCUGGCAGAACUGCUUCUGGAUCACAACCAGCUGCAGGCCAUCCCACGAGGCCUGUUGAGCCUCAAGGGGCUGCAGGUGCUGCGUCUGAGCCACAACAAGAUCAGACACGUGCCCCUGAAUUCCAUCUGUGACACUCGAGCGGCCCAGGACUCCAACCUCAUCUCCACGCACCUAGAGAACAACUUCAUCGAUAGGCGCCGUAUCCCACCCACUGCCUUUUCCUGCAUCCGGGCCUACCAUAGUGUGGUCCUCCAGCCCCAGCAGGGGGAGGGGGAAGGCUCCUAG